AUGGUUAAUAUAUCCACGCUACUUCCUAUACCGGACCGUUAUAUCACUUUCCAACCGCAUGACUCCAAGUUCCGAUGUGAAGUUUGCUGUGGCCGGCCGAUGAAAGAUUAUUUGGCACACAUUUCAGCAGACAACCAUAAACGGUCCAUAGCCCAUUUCAUUGAUCAACAGAAAGCGCAACAAGAGAUGCUGCCGGGGCUCCACAGCACGGCAGACAGGGAACUCAGUCCCUUUUUGCAUCCGGUGACACCUCCUGAAUAUCGAAGGUCACCCUCGCCUCCACCUCCAGCAUCCCCCAUUAUGCCACUUUCUCCGCUCACCAACCUUCGCAGGUUAUUAUCAGGAAUUCAAGACGAUGACGCCACAUCCUCCGAUUCAGAUUCAUCCAAUAACCCAAUGAGCUUUCAUAACUUGAAGCAAGCUCUUGAAACCCUCGCCGCCCUGGAGGAAGAAGACGUCGAUGAAUUCGAAGAGGAGGAGCCAGAAUUAGAAGAGACGUCAAAUAUUGAUGACAUGAACGGAUGGUACCCAUUUAAAAGGAAGGAGUUGUAUACAGCAAUGGGCUUGAGACGUCCGCAAGGCUCCAGCGGUGACGCACUCUAUACGUGUGGAACUGCGCACUAUUCAGCAGAACUACAUAGACGCCUAUCUGAAGUACAAGUGUCGGAUGUCACUUGCGCCCAAUGGAACGAAGCCAUCAACAGUGGGAUCAAAACCUGGGAAGAGAGACCGGUAUGUCCUCCAAAGCCACGUGCACGUGCAACCCAGGCAAAGGGAUCUAAGCAAUCUAAGCGAGGUCGUCACAAUGUUCCACCUGAAACCAUCGAUUCUGACCAGUCAGAUGAUUGA